UUAUUUAUGAACGAAUGCAUUCAAGAAAUAGAACCAAGGAAAUCCUCAAAAUCCAAGAAACGCCUCGGCUACGCUCCCUUCUCUAUUAAGAAAUCUCCCAUUUAUCUGUGUCCCACUGAUCAAACUUCCGACUCGACAAUUCACAAUUUCUUCGAGCGAAAAAGUCGAAGAGCUUUUCACCGCUGAUCAUUAUCUAAUACCCUUUUCUUCUUUCCCCCAAAAAAUUCAUGGGGUGCUUUUUGUUUUCUUCUUCUUAUUGAGAUUGGAGGGUUCCCCACUGCUUUUCUUUUGUUGUUAUAAGGGGGAAAUAAUUCAACCUGGAAGCAAAUGGGGCAGCAACAAUCUAAAGAUGAAUUGUUGUAUCAGCAGGUGAAUUAUGCGAAUGUUGAAGGCAUCAAAGCUCUCCGAAGUCAAGGGGCUGGACUUGAGUGGAUUGAUAGUGAAGGCAAGACUGCACUGAUUGUAGCUUGCCUGAAUCCGGAGCUUUACAAUGUUGCAAAAACUUUGAUCGAAUUGGGCGCCAAUGUCAAUGCAUACCGUCCAGGUCGCCAUGCCGGAACUCCUUUACAUCAUGCUGCGAAAAGAGGACUUGAACAUACUGUAAAGUUGCUUCUUUCACAUGGAGCAAAUCCGCUCGCAAUGAAUGAUGAUUGUCAAACCCCUCUUGAUGUUGCAAGAGCCAAAGGGUAUAGCAAUGUUGUCCGCACAUUUGAGGGGCAUAUCUGUUUAUUCUCCGGUUGGCUUAGAGAACUUUAUGGACCUGGCUUUCUGGAACUUCUUGCCCCUCAAUUGCUUUCAAGAAAAGUUUGGGUGGUUAUCUUGCCUUGUGGUUCCCGCAACCUUAGAAAGCCUCUCAAGUUGGAGCUUGCUAUUUAUACUGGUUUACAGGAUGCCCAACCACGCACGACAAUUCCACUAUGGAAGGCCAAUUUGGAAGAACCAAACUUUAACCAGCCUGAUCCAGCAGCAGUCAUAUCUGAUUUUUCUAAAAGUACUCGAAUUAAACUUGCACCUGUGCAUGAAAAUGAAAAACACCAACUGCAGAGGUUUUGUAAUGCUUGUAAAGGAAUUCCUCAGUUACUUAAAUAUCAGGUGACGCACCCAUUAUUUCCUUUCAACAAUCAAGUCCCUACUGCUCCUGCGCCAAAUUCAGAAGAUGAAGAGCUAGCUAUGGCAAUUAAUGCAUCCCUUCAGUCUGCUGCACAUCAGAGACCUCCACAUAGUGAUACAUACAUAGGAUCUGGGACGGAUGCUUCCACAAGUACAGCUAACUCCAUGAAUAGCACAAGUCACCAAGAGAACUACACUACAGGAACGGCAUCCACUAGUCACGAGACAAGCGGGAGCAAAUGUGAAGUGCAAGAAGCUGGUUCAACUAGCAGCCCAGCUACGGACGGCGAAAUUUACAAUCACGUUCUCUCUGUCGUGCCAAAUCUAGAGAAUCCAUCUCUCGCUUCUAUGCCAUCAGCUCCUCCAGCCGUGGAUGCGGCUAACUAUGAUGGUCCGAUUCUCUAUCCAUCAAUUGAUAUGAGCCCUGUUGAUUUAUCUUCACCAAAUGUGGACGCCUUAUCUAGUGAAGUUGAUGAAAAAAACAAGGAUAGUGUUACAUCGUCUUGUACUAUAUGCCUGGACGCCCCGCUCGAGGGCGCUUGCAUCCCCUGUGGCCACAUGGCAGGGUGCAUGUCUUGUCUGAAUGAAAUUAAGGCCAAAAAAUGGGGCUGCCCAGUUUGUCGUGCCAAGAUCGAUCAGGUGGUACGCAUUUAUGCCGUUUAGUUGCUGGUGAAAGAUAAGUUACUGAUUGUAGCAAAUAUUAGCGCCAAGACAAAUGGGCAUCUGCAGCAGAGUAUCCAUUCGUCCACAGAACCGGAGAAAAAAGAACUGCAACAGAACUUGUGAAGCCAAUUCUUGCGUAAGUAUUUAUUUGGUUAUGUACAUUUCUGAACAAAAUUAAACACGUAAAGUUUCGUAAGAGACAGUGAUGAAACUCAUUGUGUGCAGCUGUAUAAUAGAUGAUGAGUAUUAUGAUGUGUAUGUCAUCAUAGUUUUCUCGUAUUUGUUGUCAUUGUUGUGAGGUGUUGCUGUAGUAAGCUUUCUGUAUAAAAUGAGCCAAUUUCUGGCUUUUUGUUCGAUGGGAAUUGGGAGCAUUAGUUGAGCGGUAAUAUAUGAUAAUUAAAUGCCCGUUUGGUCGUUGACGUUUCCAUAAAA